AUGGGUCAGAUCUUAUCCCUGCCCAUUGUCCAGAAGGACUCCCAGAAGAAUGGCGAUGGUUAUCUUGCGUACGGGUUCUCGUGCAUGCAAGGCUGGCGGACGAAUAUGGAGGAUGCUCAUGCCAUGAUCUUGGACUUGAAUGGUCUUGCUGAAGACUCAGAAGCCAGAGAUGCCAUUGAUGAUGAUGGCGAAGGUAAAGGUAAAGGAAGCUUGAAAAGCGACGAUCAUAUAGCCUUUUUUGGGGUGUAUGAUGGUCAUGGAGGUGCCAAAACCGCGGAAUUAACCGGAAUCUAUUUACAUAACUUGGUCAAAUACACUAAAGCAUAUUCCCAAGGUGACUUCUCCAAUGCUUUGAAAAAUGGGUUUUUGAAUUGUGACAAAUUCAUUUGGGAUAGAGCUAAGACGGAACCGGACGAUUCCGGUUGUGCGGCCACUUCGGCGAUAAUUACUCCUACCCAAAUCUUUUGUGGUAAUGCUGGAGAUUCUAGAACUAUCAUGUCUAUAAAUGGGUAUGCUAAGCCUUUAUCUUACGACCAUAAACCUCUGAAUGAAGGAGAAAAAACCAGGAUUUCUCGUGCCGGAGGGUAUGUUGAAAUGGGUAGAGUCAAUGGGAACUUGGCAUUAUCCAGAGGUAUUGGAGAUUUUGAGUUCAAACGUAGCAAAGAUUUACCUCCAGAAGAACAAGUGGUGACAUGCUAUCCUGAUGUGAUACAACAUAAUUUGGACUUUGAAAGUGAUGAGUUUGUAGUAUUGGCUUGUGAUGGAAUUUGGGAUUGUUUGACAUCUCAAACUUGUGUUGAAUGUAUUAGAUACGGGAUUUAUAACCGUAAACCAUUGGAACUUAUUUGUGAAGAACUUAUGGAUUUAUGUUGUGCACCAACUUCAGAUGGUCCAGGUAUUGGAUGUGACAAUAUGUCUAUAACCAUCGUUGCCUUAUUGGAUUAUACUAAGAAUGAAACCUUGGAUCAAUGGUAUGAUAAGAUCAUUGAAAGAAUUGAAUCCAGAAUCAAAAACCCACAAUCAACUACUUAUGGUCCUAUUUCAUUACCCUAUGAUGAAUUAUACAAGCAAAUGUUUGGUCGUAACUAUUCCAUCGGUACUGCUGGAGACGAGUUCGAUGAUGGAGAUAUGGGUGAUGGUCCUGGUUCUUAUGGGGGGAUUAGAGGUUAUCGUGCUGGUGGUGAAGAUGAUGAAGGGGAUGAAGAAGGUAGUGAGAAGAGAAGUGGUUCUGGUGGAGGUAUGAGCAUGAUAGACUUUUUAGCUUCUGGAAUAACUAGUGAGAAUGGGGUGAUCUACUUAGAUAAGAAUGCUCCCCAAUCUAUUUUAGCACUUUGUGGGAUGAGCAGUGUUAAGGAAGAAGACGAAGAUGAAGAAGACAGAGGAGAAGCAGAAGAAGAAGAAGAUGAAGAAGAUGAAGAAGAAGAGAAAAAAGAUGAUGAUGGAGACGAUAAUGACGACAAUGAACAACAAAAUCAACAACAAACCAAGGUUCAUAAAAAGAAUCAAAUUGAAGAAUUGGAAGGUUAA